UCGCCGGAGUCUGCGCAAAAGUGACACAACCAGGCGGAAUUUUUUUUCAUCCACCACCAAACCCGGUGCGAUUCACGAGAGUGCCAAGAAAUUACAACAAUUUCUCCCAAGGAACUACCUCUCAAUCCAUCCUCAACGUGUUCAGGUGCGCAUUUACAAUGAUGAUGAGCAGAGUACAACACAUCCUCAGGGCUUUGGAGUCUUCCAGGAGCUUCACAACGGUGGCGGCUCCCGUGAAGAAGGGUGACAUUCUGGAGGUCACGCGGCGCAUUUCCCAGGGGGACGUUGAUCGGUUCACUCGUGUCAUCGGAGACAAGAACCCCAUUCAUUCGAGUGAGCAUCCACUGGAGAAUCGUCUCAUUCCCGGAUCCCUUCUCAAUGGCAUCGUUUCCGGCUUGGUGGGAACUCAACUUCCCGGACCUGGGAGUAUUCUCGUGUCGCAGAAGCUGUCCUUCCCGCACAAGUGUGUCGUGGAUAAGGACAUCAACAUCCGCAUCGAGGUGGCGGAUUUGCGGAAGAUCAUCACAGUGACUUAUGAAUGUUUCCAAGAUAAGAAGAUUGUCUUCAAGGGGGAAGCCAAUCUUAUGUAUAAGGAAGUCUAAACUUCCGGAAGUUGAUUUUGGCAUAGAUUCAUGUAUUUCCAUUAACCCACUUUCGGCGCAAAAUUACUUAAUAUUUGUUUUGUAGAGUGCUUUAUUUUGGGGGGAGCGCAUUUUUGCAAUCUUGCAAUAUUCUUCAUGUUUUGUUGCAUUUAAUGUUGUUCCUUCCGUUUCUUAUUGAUUGUCCACAACAUUUUCUUUCCCACUCAAGUAGAAAAAUUUAAUUUUUCAAAGGAGGGAUUUGCAUUCAUUAUAAAAGUACCUCCUCAUUCUUGAAGAAAAGUUAGUUUGAGAGUAGAAAGAAAGCAUAGAGAAGCAUUUAAAAUAUGAAGGUAUCCCAGGUGAUUAGUAGUGUGUGCUUGUUUGUGGUCCUCCUGGACACAUCGGUGGGGAUGACAACGGGGAUUGGACCGAAAAAUCUAACAAGUCUCCUCGGUGGGAGGAAUCUCAUCGGGCACACAGCCUUCAAGACAUCCCUCCAGGAAUUGCAGCAGCAACUGAAUGUGGAGGAAAUUGAGGAGCAUCCCUGUAGCUGUGCUGUCUUCCUCUCGGGGCAAUUCGUAAAAGGCUCCAAGGAACCCCCACGAGGAUCACCAGCACUCAUCCAUGAACAGGGUGAUACCUUCCAGUGUACAGUCCUUGGGUUGAAGCACUGCACAAAUUGGUGCUUGGAAUCGCUGGUCAAACAUCUCCCGAAUUCAGGACCCCUCCUCUGUGCAGCCAUUGAUAGGGAUUGCCACAAGGAGCGUGCCUACCUGUUCGUGGAAGACUGCAACGGCGAAUGGGUAAAUACAAACUUCUCAGCAGGACGAGAGUAUUGCUGCAAGGAUGGUGUGCCAUACAAGUGUCCCCUCCUGCCCUCAAUCUCCGCCGGAAAGUCCCACUAAUGCGUCUCCCCUUCGUCAACUUCUUAGUUUGUUUUAGGCUUUUUUUUUACAUACAUUGUACUCCUAUCUAUCUAUAUAUUUUAUACUAUUUGUGUAGCACCUGCCAUGUGAUUAUUUGAGAAGAAAACUUGAAAAAUAAAAUAGUUAUUUGUGUUAA